CACAUUGCAUCUAUCCUCGGCUCCUGUACUUUGCUUACAAGUCGUUAGUUUUCUUAUAGCAAGCAAAAGAUAUGGCUCAAAUUGGCAAGGAGGAGGUCAAGAAACCAAUUCAAUGCUCUGAAGUUAAGUUUUAUGACGUCUACAGGAACGAAGCGUACCUCUUGCCGACGAUUUCUCCUUGUAAUGUUAAAAAAAUUAAACUCGGUGACGGUACUUCUAGUUGGGAGAGUAAAGUAGGCUCCCGCAAGCUCGUUCACUUCGAUGAAGCUGGACUUGAGGAUUUCAAGGAUGAAGUGGUAGAGAUUCACCCUAAAGCCAAGAAAAUCACCUACAAGGUGUUGGAAGGAAACAUGAUGCUUUUCUAUCACAGCUUCCAGGCAACUCUUGAGGUCACUGAAGGCACCGCGAAAUGGACUGUCGAAUUUAAAAAGAAAAAUCACUCAUGCCCAGAUCCUGAUUAUUACUUGCACCGUUUAGAUUCCGUCAACAAGGAUGUUAAUGCUUACCUUCUUCCUAUUAACUAGGAACAGCCCGACAGAACAUGCCCUUUGUUUAAGUGAAUUAAUUUACCUAGUACGUACGUGGCACUGUGAAAUAAACGCUUCAAAUUAAAGGUGCAUGUAAUUCCCAGGCCCCAGUAUAUACUAUAGAGCACUUUAGAUCUUUGGAUCCUUGGAUGCCAUCAGUUAGGCUGUUGAUGCUUCCCUUCUACGAGGUGUGUAGCAUGAAAAGAUAAGCCUGGUACUUGUACAAUAAUUCAGGUGGCCAUCCUGUGUGUAA